AGGGCUCAGUGCUGGGGAGCGCGGCACCGCGAUGCGUCGUCGGCUUUCCGUUGCUGCCGCACUCGUUCUCAUUCCCUUCUAAACUUUUUCUCUUCUUCCGUCGCGUGACUUUUUCCUCCCCUGCCUGCUGCCAUUUCUAACCCUUUCAAGUUUCUCUUAUAGUUUUCGUUCUAGGGUUUAUUUUUUUCCCCCGUGUCGUGCGUUUGCUUUAAGUCCGGUCGCGUAUUAUCUUAGUGUGAGUGUGUGUGUUUUAGGGUUUUACGUACGUUUCCGUUAAAGUGCGUUUCGGUGUUAGUUCGCGCGUUUAGUAUUUCAUCGAAGGGUGGUAAAACAACGAGGCAAAUUGGACAUGGCACCGGAUAGGGCCAUGUGGCGUUACGAUUGGUGAGAGGAAGAGAAGGAGGAGGAGGAGGAGGAGGAGGUGGAGGCGCGUUUAGACGACGGAGCGACGCGUUGGAAAUGGAUCAUCCGUAUGCGGGAGGUUGGGUGCCUCAAGGUCAUGUCGGAGGUAGUGGUGGUGCAGCAGCAGCAGCAGCUAGUGGCAGUGGUGGUGGUGUUGUUGGUGUUGGUGGUGGUGGUGGUGGUAGUGGUGGAGGAAGUAAUGGUAGCAUUGCCGGUAACAUCGGUUAUUCGAACACGGUGCCACGAUGUUGGGACCGAUCGUGCAGAUCUACCGAUCCGUCGCCGAUGCGACCGAUCGAGCACGAUCUACGUACGACCGAAACGAUGAGAUCUAUGGAAUCCAUGAGAUCAGCGGAUUCCAUUAUAAGACAACCGAUGAUGGAACCAUCCUCGGCAAGGACCGGUUCGAUGGAUCGUCGACAAUCUAGUAGAUCCAUGGAAGCAAUUGGUAGACCACAAAUGAUGGAUCAAAUACGUACCGAACAACCAAGACCGAUUCACGAUCAUCUAGGUAACGUUCCAACGUCAUCAAUGUCAGCGGCAACCAUGAGGAGUAAUCCGAUGGAACAUCACGCUAUGCGCGUAAUAGAACAUCCCUGUCGUUUGAAAGAUCACGCCAGUUAUGUUCACGACCAUCACCUUGGUAGACCCCACGAACACGGCUGCAGGUCGGUCGAACACGUUUCAAGAUUACUCGAGCAUCGGUUAGCUCACGAUGCACACACCAGACCACCGCCGCCCCAAUCGUCGGCUGGCAUCGAACAGACCCCAUGUCGACCCAUCGAUCAUACCCCAAGGCCGACCGUUAACUACUCUUGUCGAUCGCUCGAACACGCACCAGGAAGACCCAUACCCAUGGAUUGCGUUAUCUACGGACCCCACUCUCACACGCCGCCCAGAUUACCUGCCGAGAGUCCCUUCCGCAUCAACUGUCCCGUGCACAGUCCUUUUCGCUUCAGGUUCCUCAAUGGCGCUGCUCCCGACUAUCACUCUCAUCAGGCAUUGUUGCAAGCUCACGACGUGGCUGGCCACGAGGUUUACGGCGAGGAAGCUACGAGAGUGACACCACCCCCGUUACUUCCGUAUCUCAAUGGUGGCGAUGACCUCGACGGUCAGAAUGGAGAUCUUGACCUCGAAAACGUAACACGCGUCAGAUUGGUGCAAUUCCAAAAGAACACAGAUGAACCUAUGGGAAUUACUUUGAAAAUGAACGAAGAUGGUAAAUGUGUAGUAGCACGAAUUAUGCACGGUGGGAUGAUCCAUAGACAAGCCACCCUUCACGUCGGUGAUGAAAUUAGAGAAAUCAAUGGAAUACCCGUUGCCAAUCAAACCGUUAAUGCCUUGCAAAAAAUUCUUCGUGAAGCACGAGGAUCGGUGACGUUCAAGAUCGUGCCAUCUUACAGGAGCGCGCCACCCCCCUGCGAGGUACAAUUGUUCAGGAUUAAGCCUCUGCCAGUGUUAAUAUUCGUACGCGCACAAUUUGACUACGAUCCUUUAGAAGACGAUCUAAUACCGUGCGCACAGGCCGGUAUUGCAUUUAAAACUGGUGACAUACUACAAAUAAUAAGCAAGGACGAUCAUCAUUGGUGGCAAGCACGUAAGGACAACGCGGCUGGUUCCGCUGGUCUAAUACCUUCCCCCGAACUUCAGGAAUGGCGUAUCGCUUGUAUGGCAAUUGAAAAGAAUAAACAGGAACAAGAUGCUGAAGGAGAAGGUGGAUGUUCUUCUCACACCGAAGGCUGCGACGGUUCGACAGUAAAUUGCUCGAUAUUUGGACGUAAGAAGAAACAAUACAAGGACAAGUAUCUUGCGAAACAUAACGCAGUCUUCGAUCAGCUGGACCUGGUCACUUACGAGGAAGUUGUCAAACUUCCCUAUCCUGCCUUCCAACGCAAGACUCUGGUUCUAUUAGGAGCACACGGUGUUGGUCGUCGGCAUAUCAAAAAUACGAUUAUAGCAAAACAUCCCGACAAAUAUGCCUAUCCUAUUCCGCAUACAACGAGGCCUCCAAGAACCGACGAAGAAAAUGGACGUAAUUAUUAUUUCGUUUCACACGACGAGAUGAUGGCCGACAUAGCUGCUAACGAAUACCUCGAAUAUGGAACGCACGAGGAUGCCAUGUACGGAACAAAAUUGGAAACUAUUCGAAAGAUUCACGAAGAAGGAAGAAUGGCGAUAUUGGAUGUUGAACCUCAAGCAUUGAAAGUCCUACGUACGGCAGAAUUUGCACCUUACGUUGUAUUCAUUGCAGCACCAGUACUUCAAAAUAUCACCGACUACGACGGUAGCCUGGAACGGUUGGCGAAGGAAUCGGACAUGUUGAAACACGCAUAUGGACAUUUCUUCGAUCUGACCAUCGUAAACAACGACAUUGAGGAAACGAUCGCCCAAUUGGAGGCAGCUAUCGAACGAGUUCACACGACGCCACAAUGGGUACCGGUUUCUUGGGUCUACUGACAGAGAACCUCGCCGUCUCGACAAAUUGUCAGCGCUGAUUGCAAUGGCUCCUCGAGAAUGAAGCAAUGAUAAAAAUAAUUAAAAACAGAAAAAAUAAUAAUUAAUAAUAAUUAAUAA